UUUCUCACAAUCUCUCUUUCAAUCUCUCACAGCCCACCCUCCGCCGGCGCCUCCCUCUCCGCCUCCGCCUCCGUCCGCCCUCUGAUUCCACCAACCUGAAUUAAUUAACUUCUCUGAUGGUUUACUCGAACACACCUGCAGAUUUUGAUUUCAAACUCGAAAGCCUCGCUCCGGUUUCGAAUCAUUGUCUGAUUUUGUCGAACACCUUGCCACCUCCGUGGACAUAGUAUUUCCGGUUAUACAUGGCCGUUUCGGUGAAGACGGUGGCAUUCAAGAGCUGUUGGAGAAAUCAAAUAUCCCAUUUGUUGAGACGCAGUCGAAUGAAUGUCUAUGAUGCCUCUUCGGAGCUUGACAAACAAGGGUUUGUUACCGUACCCAGUUUCUUAAUACAGGGAAGUGAAUCGGAAGAAACUGAGCUGUCAACGUGGUUCGUCACAAAUAAUAUAGAUGUCGAACAAGGAAAAGUUGUGGUGAAGCCAACAAGAGCAGGAUCAAGCAUCGGAGUUACUGUUGCUUAUGGCGUUACCGAUUCUCUGACAAAAGCUAAUGCAAUUAUAUCAGAGGGAAUUGAUGAUAAAGUUAUUGUAGAGAUUUUUCUGGAAGGAGGUAGAGAAUUUACAACGAUCGUCCUAGAUGUGGGUUCUGGUUUCGAUUGCCAGCCAGUUGCUCUACUCCCGACAGAGGUGGAACUUCUAUCUCACGGCAGUGCCGAUUCAAAUGAAAAGGAUAUUAUUUUUAAUUAUCGGCGGAAAUAUCUGCCGACACAGCAGGUUGCUUACCACACUCCACCUCAUUUUCCGGAAGAUGUAAUUACAAAUAUUCGUAAAGGAGCUUCUUUGUUAUUUCAACGGCUUGGCCUACGAGAUUUCGCUAGAAUCGAUGGUUGGUUUUUGCUUACCACACUCCACCUCAUAAGGAAAAUCAGAAUCUUAACAUGGCUAUCGGUCGAGUAGACACGGGAAUACGGAGGGGCCGGUAUUCCAACUACAGAACUAAGACUAUAGAGUGAAACCCGAGAAAUUGUGAACACCUUGGCCGGGCGUUUUGGACUAGAAGCCUCGACAUCGACUCUUUCUAAUGAUGGUGGAGUAUAAAAAGGGAUGAAGUUUGUUUGCUUUUUGCAUUAAAGUUUGAAACACAAAAUUAUAUGCUUUUAAGUUUUUAUGUACUUUUUGAAUUUAUGUUUGUGUACCUUUUGAUAUUUAAUCCGUAAAUUUGGUUUUAAUAUUUU